AUGAUCCACCAUCUGCUCAUGUGUCACUCCAGCAAGGCCCCAUCCGUGGCAAAUGCGGCACUCUGUGCCCCGCAAAUGAAGCAGCAGAGCGUGCUCGAACUCAGGAGCUCAGUCGCUUCGAGCGUCCAACUUCCAAUGCCCCAGCGCUCGUUCCUGUGA